AAAAAGCAUAUUCCAUAUCUUCUUUUCUCCCACUUUCUUCUUGAUCAUAAUUGUUUUUUUACUGGCUUGAAGAUCCACGGAUCAAGCUUUUCAUGUUGUUUACUCUAUUCUUUCAUGUGUUGUGUUUCCCCCCAAGGUCCUGCCUAUCAAGGGCCGUGUCCAAUUUUGGAACCUUUGGAGCCCAGAUGAUGACGGGGGAAGAAACUAGACUCAAUCAAUCAAUCAAUCAGCCCAAGGGGAUGAUGGGAAGUCGGGACCUGGCGCAUCGGGCGUUUUGUGUUUGCUUGCUUCGCAUGACUUACGACGGCUGCCAUCAUCGAAUGAAAUCGUGGAGAAAAUAAUCAAUCAAAAAAAAGACAAAAAAAAAACACUACUAAAUAAAAAAUGAAUGAAUGAAAGAUAGACAAAAGAAAAAGAA